AUGGAAUCGAAUAAUCAAGAAGGUCGAAUACUUUUAGCUAUCGAAGCUAUCAAUAAAGACCAAAAAUUAAGCAUUCGGAAAGCUGUUAAGCUAUAUAAUAUCCCGCGUACAAAGAUUCAGCACAGAAUAGACGGUACUACCCCUUGUAUCGAAUCUCGAGCAAAUAGUCAUAAUUUGACCAAAUUAGAAGAGGAAGCGAAAUAUGGUAUUAUCGAUUCCGAUUUCUACAAUUUCGACGAAACCAGCUUUAUGAUAAGUAUAAUAUGCCCUGAAAUGGUUGUAACUAGUAUUGAACGAAAUGGCAGAAGCAAGAUAAUACAAUCAAGCAAUCGAGAGUGGGCUACAGUAAUUAUAUAUGGCAAUAAAGAGGGUGAAAUUAUACUUCUAUUUCUAGUAAUUCAAGAAUAA